AUGACUGUUGUAGAAUGGAACACUGUAAGUUUUGUUAAUAGGGAUACUCCACCAACUAUCACGACGGAGGAGAUUGAUCUUGAUACUUGCUUUGAAGAUAAUCAGAUCGUUAUUGAAGUUUAUUCUGCCGCAUUGAAUCCAGUAGACUUCAUGCUCCAUAAGGCUGCUGUUCCAAUGUUAUCGUCAGCAAAACCAAAGGCUUAUGGAAGAGAUUUUUCUGGUGUGAUCAUUAGAAAAGGUAAUAAAGUGUCCAAUGAGUGGAUGGUGGGUGAUAAGGUCAAUGGUAUGAUAAAUUUCUUAUAUGCACCACACGGUUCUCUUUCAAAUUAUUUAAUUAUUAAUCCAGAGAGAAAUCCUUCGAUGAUUCACAUUACACCUGGAACGAAAGAAUUAAUGACUCUAGAACAUAAUGAAUUCGAUAUUAGUAGUUCAUGGCCUGCAGUAUUUGGUACUGCUUAUGCUGCUAUAUUCUAUCCAGGUAGAGAUUGGUCAAAGAUUAACAAUGUCCUAGUACUAGGUGCAUCUACACAAGUUGGGAAUUGUUUUGUUCAAAUAGUGAAAAAUUAUCUUAAUGUUAAGAAUGUUGUGGGUGUUUGUAAUGAAAAUUCAAUUGAAUAUAAUAAAGAAUUUGGUUAUGAUUAUCUAGUUAGUUAUAAUAAUGGCAAAACUGUUGAAAAUGUUAAAGAAAUUAUGGAAACUAAAUUAAAUGGGGAGAAAUUUGAUGUUAUAUUUGAUUCAUGCGGUUCAUCUGAUUUCCUACCAGUAAUGAACGAUUUUUUGAAACCAAAAUCAACAAAUUCUUACUAUUCUACUGUUGUUGGAGAUUCUGUGUUUGAUUAUAAAAACAUAGAAACUUUAAAAACAUUAAAAUCAAGAUUACUUGUAGAACCCUAUCGUAGGUUUAAACCAUGGAGAUCAUAUAACUACUAUUUCGUUGCUUAUUACCCAGACCAUAAUAUUGAAGUUCUUGGAAAUGAAAUGAUAGAAAAGAAACAAUUCAACCCUCAAAUUGAUUCAUCAUAUAAAUUUCAAGAUUUUCAAAAAGCAAUUGAUAGAAUAAUGAGUGGGAGGUGCAAGGGUAAAGUCAUCGUUCAAAUAAAGAAACCGGAUGAUAUAUAG